AUGGAAGAUGGCUAUGAAGAAAAAUGGCAGUAUGAAUUCCGCUCCUGGCUUGACUUUCUUCAUAAGAAAAAAGACCCAACUAUUACAACAGCCAAAUUAAUCUAUUGUCCCCAGCCACCACAACCUGAGAAUGGAGGCUACAAAUGCCAUCCUAGUCCCUGCAAUGACCCUCUGACUUCAGGCAGUGUCAUAGAGUAUCUGUGUGUUGAAGGCUACAUGCUGAAAGGAGACUAUAAAUACCUGACCUGUAAGAAUGGAGAGUGGAACCCUGCCAUGGAAGUUAGCUGCAGACUCAGCCCGGAAAAGGACUCCCCGCCAACGAUUGGAGUACCCACGCUAUCCAUAGUAGCCUCCACAGCGAGCUCUGUUGCUCUGAUUCUUCUCUUAGUUGUGCUGUUUGUGUUGUUGCAGCCAAAGCUGAAGUCGUUCCAUCACAGCAGGCGAGACCAAGGUGUGUCUGGAGAUCAGGUCUCUAUCAUGGUGGAUGGUGUCCAAGUGGCCUUGCCAUCUUAUGAAGAAGCAGUGUAUGGCAGCACAGGGAACUGCAUUCCACCCUCGGACUCCCGGGUGCAAAUUGUGCUGUCAGAGGGAGCUGGGCAGAACGGAACCAGAGAGAUGCAGCAACAGGACCAAGGGGUUCACAGUAGCCUUGAUAGAGAAGAUGAAGCCCCCGGACACUCUGGACUGUGUGAAGCUAGUGGUUCUCAGCGUUCUGAAACUGUUCUUGUGCAUCAGGCUGCUACCUCUUCCUGGGUAGCUGGGAUGGCUAGCAGUAGACCUGUACAGAAAGAACUCCAAGACUCAGAAAGCAGUGACAUACAGAGCCUUUUAUCACUCACUUCCUCUGAGGAAUACACAGAUGAUAUUCCCUUACUGAAGGAAGCAUGAGGCCUGCUGUACGUGUCUAGCCUUCUCGCUCUUGGAUUUCUUCCUUCUCCCCUCCCUGCCUUCAGGACAGAAGCACUCUGUGCAGCCUUCCCCAUCCUCGCGAGCUGUGCCCUGGAUACCUCUAAGCAGAGAUGCCCUCAGCUGAAGAUCCAAAGGAUGUUGCCAGGUUGCCUCCUGGAUGCACCAGUGGGGUUGGUGCAGUGCUGGCUUCCCCAUUCCAUAUGCAUCAGAGACUCAAGGAACGUAGUGGAUUUGAGCUCUCCUCUCCUUUUCCCCAGCCAGAUGUUUGACAGCAGUCUCUGAAGAGCUGCUCUUUUCUUGUGCCUUUUUCCUCCUCACACCGGCUUGUUGCAGCUUGGCAGCCUCUCUAGCCCUUCUGUUGCCCAGAGAGCAGAGGCUGAAACCAUUUGCUCUCUGGGUGCAGACAGUUUAUAUAUACAUAUAUAUGUUAUAUAGGCUCUUCUUCCUCUUUAUAACAGAGCAGGACAAACCACCUCACUGGGACUGACACUGGCCUGGAGAGGGAUCCCAGGUAAGGGGCACCUGUAAUAUCUAGGAGCGCCUCAAAUGAGAUAAGCUGCGAGGCAGCUUAGCUGUGCAAUAACAGUGGAGAAUUGCUAGAGUACUGAAGGCUGAGAAGUCCAAAACAUAGGAAAGCCCUCUGCCCCCUUCUCAAAACACACCUCUACAAGAGUCCACUCCUGAAAAAUCACUUUUGUCUCCUUCCUUCACUACUAGUGCAGCCCACUUGGUUAACGCUGUGUUUCUGGAGGCUGUGACUGGGACUAUACUGAUAAAACCACUCUUUCAGCUUUGGUCUGGUGCCAGAGCAUCUCCUGAUGUUAGAUUGUGGAAGAGCCUUGGGAAAUGGGAACUGUGCAGAAAGCUCUGACUUUCUCUGAUUUGGUAGCAUUCGUUUUUAGGCAUCAGGAAUGGAACCAUAUUUGUGGCCCUGCUCUUCUGAAUAAACUGUGUGACUUACAGAGCUUUUCCAAUGAAGGUGGUUCUGCACUAAUGCUUAGAUUCCUUUGGUCAGAUCUUCAGGCAGAGAUAAUGCUUUCGGAUGUAAUCUGGAAGCAGUUCAUGUGUUUGAAAUUGUCAAGAGUCCCAGGCUACCUUCCCAGCUGCACUAGGUAUUUUGGUAUAUGAGCUCUCGAUACCUUCUAAGGGGCUACUAUAUAGCAAGUGUCUGCUGUUAUCUCCUGAUGGGCUUCAGUGGGCUCCCAGAGAAGGGCUUCUUCAUUUUGGCUUGGGGUCAAUAGCACUUACAAGGUCUCUUCUAAGUACAACACAGGUGGCCUGUUGCUGCAAGAGAAGGUUGGCUACACUGACCAGAGGAUACCACAGCUUAAGUUCUGGCAGCAGGGAAAAGAAAAUCCAGAAAUAUGGAUACCUCUGCUCCCUACAGUUACCUACAGCAGGUCAGAAUAUCCUGGUUGCUGUUAAGGGGACUUCAUUUUUUUGCAGCAAAUCAACUUCAUUUGGGGUAGGUGAUCCAGUCACAGAUCUGGGCUGCCUCUUUAGAGGGAUGGUCUGGAAACUGGGUUCCGUGGAACUGGUUUUAUCAGGAAAAGUUGGCUUCUUAAGUGCAGGUAUGUUGUCAUAACUAUCCUGAAGUAGCCAGAGAAAUAUGAGAAGUUGUUGAAUUUUCAUUUGAGUUGAAGGAGCAAAGUGCCACAGCCUUAUAUGUCAGGUGGCAAUGAUCAGGUAAAUGGGGGUGCUCUUUGCUGCUUUGCUUUAAUUUUAUGAUCCUUACUGUCUUCAUCCUUGUUGCUCCAAGAUCAUGCUGUCAGACCACUUAGUAAAAGUGACAUAACACCUUAAAAAUAAAAUAAUAUUUGCUGUGGCUUAGCUCUGGUUCCUGGAAAUGGGGCUUGGCUGCAGUCUGGCCCUGCACCUGCUGUUUCUGAUUAGCUGCUUAAUCCUAGGGCAGCUGGGUCAGUGCGUGCCUGUGGAUGGAAGAAUUAUUUUUUCCUCAUCCCUGUUCAGAGGGAUAUUAAUAAUUUAAGAAUGCAGGAUUUUAAGUUUCCUUCCCUGUUGCUCAUGUUAUCUUUCAUUAACACGAGGACUUGAUAAAUCCAGUUUGUGUGGUUUGGGUAUUCUUUUGUUCAGUUGAAAUGAUGAAAAUCCCAUGUUGUUUUACAGUGGGCUGUUUUGUUUCGUAUUCAAGGACUGUAGAGUGAUAAUGUUUACACAUCUGUUAUUGAAAUUUUGGAAAAUAAGAGUGGAAGUGUUUAUAUUUAGUUUUCAACUCCUACCUUGACAAUUAAAAUUGUCUCUUUCACUGGUUUUAUCAGGGCAUGUGGAGAGACUGAGCAACUGCAAGGCUGAGGGGGAGAAUAUGCGACUUUCCUAAGUCACGUAUUUUCUAAGAACUAACCAGCUCAGAGCAGGAGUUGCUCUUAGAUUCUUAAGGACCUUCCUACUCAAACCUGAGCAAUCAGGGAGUAGAAGUUAGGCGUGUGCUGCCUUCCUGCAAGGAGCAGUCCUUCUGGCUCAGUACCGGUUUGGUGAAAGAACCUCUUAAUGAAGCUGGAAGCUGAUGCCAAGGCUGACCUUGCCCUGGAUGAUUGCCUGCUCAACUAGCAGAAAGCACGUACUGUGUGGUCCUGCCUCUGCUCUCUGCUGUUAUAAAGUAAGCAGCUGCCAGCUUAGGAGAAAAAAAAUUCCAUUUGGGUGGGAAGAGAAGGAAGCUGCACAGAAGAGGGAGUGCUUUCAUUUUGUUUCACUUACAGAAAUUAUGGAAAUCAGCUUUAGUAGGUGGGAAAAAUAGGCAGAGGUAGGAGGAAAACAAGCAAGCAUAGGUGUUGUGAUCAGGCACUAACAGUUAGCCUCUGUUGGGCUGCAUGAGGAUGAAGCAGGAUCUCCCAGGAUGCUUUAUAUUUUCAUAUAAAAGAGGGUAAAAUGGUUCUGGGAGGAGCCUAAGCAGCGACUGCUUGACAACUUUUUCCAAAUGGGAGAGGGGUUAAGGACUCAUUUCAUUUACUGGUCCACGAGUGAUUGUUACUUUUUUGUUCUUAUUCAGUGGAGGAUUGGGAAGGCCUUGGGACAGAGGUUUAGGAAGAUUAACUAAACUGAAGAAUCCUGUCUUCUCUUCUGAGAGCAAGGGCUGACAUGUAAAGAUCCCUCAGCCUGAGCCCUGCUCUUGCAGGUUGUUGGUCAUCUAUGAGAGUGUCCCCAGGAUUGCUGUCACAGGGAGGUCUCCGUGUACUGAUGGGGUGUGCGGGGACUCAACCUCACAAGAUGCAGCAUGGUGGUGUCUUGCUUUGGUUUCUUUUCCACCUUUUCCCCCCCUACACCUGGAAAAAAAAUGCAGAGGGAAAUAUGUUUCUUAUUUAAUGCCCCUGAUGUAAUCAUCUUACAUUGUGUCAUUUGUGCUUGGCCCCACGAAAUGCAAGAACAUUAAAAUGAAUUAUAAUGGAAGAAUAAAAAUAGCACUUUCUACUUUUUUUUUUUUGGUAUUUUGAGGUCCAGUAUUUAAAAAAAUAAAAGGGCAAGUCAAAAAUUUGAAGUACUACGUGCAAUAGAAAAAUGGGGACAAUUGCAAGGAGCAGUGCUUUGAGGGAGCAGCAGGCUGGGCUGCUGGAAGUAACCACAUGUUAGUUAAGUGACGUGCAGUGCAGAACAGGGAACGCAGGAAGGGAUUGGGGUGGGUGAGGAAGAGCAGUGGCCAAUAAGAGAAGUAUGCUGCAGGCUAAUGAUAGCCAAUGCCUUCAUGACCAGGUUCUAAGGGAGUUGUGCUUUGUCUGGAUUUAGCAGGCUUCUAGGCUUGCUGGAUAAAAGUAUUAAUGUACAACUAGUAGGACACUAAGAUCUCCUUGCUGACCUUGGAACAGGCUUGCAAAGCCUGGUUUUCAUGUUCUGAUAGCAGUUGUUCUACAGAAUCUGCCUUUUUAUUCUCUCCAGAUAUCAGAUUAAAUUGAUUUCACUUUCUGGUUUCUGUAUAUAAAUGCAAUAAACCCCUAUCCAUUUUCCACAUUGACCUCACCCCAGCUUCAACCUUCAGCCCUUCCCACAGAGCUACACACUGAACUUGUUCUUUGAGAAAACCUUUCUUUGCUGAAGAACUUUAUUUGAAAAAAUUAUUCUCUAUGAAAUGCUUUGAAACUGCAUAGAGGUUUCUUACAGCGGGCUUCAUUUUAAGGCGUAUUUUUAUACAGGAGAUGAGCCCUCCUCCAGUCCUUCACCCCUUCCCCUGCCCUCCCAGCCAGUUUGGAGCAGGGUGUUUCCCACACAGGCCCUACGUUCAGCACUGCUUCAGGCGGAUUGCUGCAGGUUCCUUACACAUCCAUGCCCACCAGCGCAGUCCUGAUGCUUUUGCAUUUCUUUUUCGUAGGCUCUGCUUUUGCUUCCAUCCUGGGGUAGGCACAGACAGAGGCAACGGAGUUGUGCUGGAAAACGUUUCAGUUCUGAUUCUCAACUUCACUUUUUUUUUUUUCCCCACUCAAAAAGAACAGAAAGCUAAGUUGCCAAGGAAGCAGCUGUGCUGUGGUGUGGUGGGCAGACUGCUGGUAGCUGCUGGUGCGAAUGCAAGGAGAGCUUGGUUGCCUUUGGUGCAUUAAUCUUUUCUUCUUUUCCUAUAUGUGUUUGUUAUUUUUUUUAAAUUCUGAAUUGCACCACUAUAGAAUUAUUUGCAGAAUGGUACUCCAUAUGUAUGUGGGAUUAAAAACAAGACCAUAAUUGAUGCUGUGCAGGAUGUCAUUCAAUCAGUUCUAUUUUGCUUUAUUUUAUAUAUAUUUUCUGGUAUCCUGUACAUUGCGGUGGGUGUGAAGAUAGUAUUUUAAUAUUUGUACAAAGUUUAAUUUAAUUGUUCUCUGUAUAUAACUGCAUUUCUAAAUUAAAAAAAAAAAAAAGUUCUUUUGAA